AUGUCUACUCUAGAAUCUGUGGCCGCCGAUUUAUUAAGAUAUAUCCAAACUGACUUAAAGUCGUUUGAUGAAGAUUAUCGCACUACCCCGGAAAGCAUACGAUCUCUACCCGCUCUUAAAUUCCAAAAACGGGAAUUAAGUGAAUUAUGGGCUAAAAUUGACCGUAAAUUCACCCAAAUUAGAGAAUCAGCCGAUAUUCUUGACCCGAAGAAGGCCGAUGCCAUAAAUUUAAACGAUGUUGUUAGGCAAGUCAGAUCUGCGAAAGGAUUUUAUAGGUCAAGCAUGAUUUCCAUAGAUGAAUCGAUUGAGGAGAUGACCAAGGAAAAUGAAACCCGACCAUCUUUACCCGAACCCCCACAACCCAACAGUUCUACAAGCUUCACUGUACCCCCUUGCGAUAUGCCGACAUUCAGCGGAGAUUUCAAAAGCUGGGCUUCGUUUAGGGAUCUUUUCAAGGCCAUUUAUGGCAAUAAUACCCGUUUAAGUGAAGUUGAAAAACUUUUCCAUCUUAAACAAAAAACAAGCGGCGAAGCCAAGGAAAUAGUAGACAAUGCACCCUUAACAAAUGAUGGCUUUCUUAUUGCGUGGAAUCAAUUAACUUCUCAGUAUGAGAAUCGUAGGAUGCAAAUUAACGCGCAAUUAAAAACCCUAUUAAAUUUACCCUUAGUAAGCACCAUGUGUAGUGCUUCUAUAAGAAAGCUUCAGAGAAAGAUAAAUUGCUGUAUUGCAAAUCUGAACUCUUUAGACAUAGAUACGGAUCAAUGGGAUCCUAUCUUAGUAUAUCUAUGCACGUCGAAAUUACCCAGAGAAACCCGAAGAGAAUUUGAGAAAUCUCUUCCAGAUUGUGCAGAGAUGCCUUCUUGGACUGACUUAGAUGUAUUUUUGACUAACACUUUCAAGGAACUUACAUCAGUUAAUGAUGUUCAAGAUCUUGAUACCAACCCUAACCAACACACAAAACCCAAACAUUUCCAAGAAGUUAAAACCCAAUAUGACAGACGAGGCAAAACAUUCCAUAAUGUAACACAUGACCCAACAGCAAGUUCACAAUCAAGAAACAAACGGCAAAACGAACGAAAACUUUCAAAUUCAACCCAAUCAAAUACACUAACCCCAAACCCCCAAAAUAAACCCGAUGGUUCUGUUUGCAAACUUUGCGAUGGAAAUCAUACUUUGAGAGAAUGUUCGUCGUUUACUUCACUGGGAAUUAACGAAAGAAUUGAAUUUGUGAAGAAAAAUGGUAUAUGUUACAAUUGUUUAGCCAUUGGUCAUGUCAUACAAGGUUGUCGCAGCACAUUCACCUGUAGGUAUUGUGGUGGACGACAUAAUAGCCUAUUGCAUAAACCAAAUUCUAAGAUUAACCCACAAAUUGACGACAAUCAAGCGUCAUCGUCAAAUACAGUUCAAUCUUUCUCAACCCAAACCCAAUCAAGCAAACCCAUACCCAUAGAUGACAGAACUAAGUUAUUAGGAACAGCAGUUCUGAAUGUAGAAGUCCAAGGAGAAUUGUUUCCAGCUAGAGCUCUCAUUGACCCAGCUUCAGACUUCUCAUUUAUAACAGAUAAACUGAGAAGGAAGUUGCAUUUACCCACUACACCCAUAGUUGCAGAAAUUUCUGGAUUAAAUGAGAUAGUUUCUGCAAGAUCAAAUAAACUGUGUCAAGUUUCUUUACGCUCCAAUACCCAUACUAAUUUCAAACUGAAUAUCCAAGCAAUUGUAGUGAAAACACUAACCAAAAAUUUACCCACCCAAAGCUUAAAACCUACCCUUAUUAAAGACUUGGAAGAUAUUCAAUUAGCUGACCAAAAGUUCUAUGAAAGUAGACCCAUAGAUUUUAUCAUUGGCAGCGAUUUUUACCCUCAAAUUUUGAAAUCUGGAGUAAGAAAAGAUCUACUUAAUACCCUAAUAGCUCAGGAAACGGAGUUUGGAUGGAUUUUAACAGGACCCAUUCAGAACACAAAUAACACCCAACCCUUUGUUUCAUACUUCAGUUCAGUCAUGCUUGAUAAAGUCUUGACCAAAUUUUGGGAAAUUGAAGAUGUAACCACCCAACCCAAAGUUUCAGAAGAAAGUUUUCUGUGUGAAGAAACUUAUAUGACCACUACCCGUCGAUUACCGAAUGGCCGUUAUCAGGUUAACCUUCCAUUUAUAUACCCUCCUGUAGAGUUAGGAAACUCGCGACACGUGGCUAUGGCUCAAUUCUUAAGAAAUGAGAAAAGUUUAAUGAAAAAGCCAGAACUAAAAGUGGAAUAUGAUAACGUGUUACAAGAGUAUAUCGACUUAGGUCAUAUGAAACUAAUUAAAUACAACCCCAACACUCCUUCAAAUACCCAAUAUUAUUUACCCCAUCACGCUGUUGUUAAACUUGAUCGUGUUACGACAAAAGUUAGAGUUGUGUUUAAUGCAUCAAGCAAAACCUCUAACAACAACAGUCUCAAUGAUACCCUAUACACUGGACCCACCCUACAACAAGAUUUAGUUGUACUUAUCUUGAAAUGGCGCUUUUACAAGAUAGUUUAUAAUGCCGACAUUACAAAAAUGUACCGGCAAAUUAUGCUAAACCCUACCCACACACCCUUCCAACGAAUAUUAUUCCGUAAAAGCGUCAAUGAACCCAUUCAAGAUUAUGAACUGCAAACAGUAACAUUUGGUGUUAACUGUGCGCCAUACUUGGCUAUUAGAACCCUACACGAAUUAGCCAAAGACAUUCAAAAUAACCACCCUAUAGCUUCACAAAUAUUACGGAAUAAUAUGUAUGUUGACGAUGUCUUAGCCGGAGGUAACACCAUCGAAGAAGCUAAAGAAGACCAAACCCAACUGAUCGCGGCACUUGACUCUGCUGGUUUUCCUUUAAGAAAAUGGAUUUCAAAUUCAAGAGAAUUGUUGAAAGAUUUACCCGAAGAACACCUACUUAAUGUGGAUUUACUCAACCUUCCGGAAUCGAAUAAUGCCAAAACAUUAGGAAUCCGAUGGAAUGCGAAGGAAGACACAUUUUUCUUUAAUGUACCCUUAAUCGAAAGGAAGUCAGCAUACACAAAGCGAACUGUUUUGUCAGACAUCGCUCGUCUCUUUGACCCAGCUGGUUGGUUAGCGCCAAUUGUAAUAUCUGCAAAGAUUAUAAUGCAACAAAUUUGGCAAGAUAACACAGCUUGGGAUGAAUGUCUUAACCCACUCACCCUUAUAAAAUGGCAAAAGUUUUUGCAGUUCUAUGAUAAUAUUAAUAGAAUUCGUAUACCAAGAUGGAUUAACUUUUCACCUUCAGCAAAAAUUGAGUUUCAUGGUUUUUCAGAUGCUUCUGAAAAAGCAUACUCUGCAUGUCUAUAUGCACGAGUAACACCCAUAGACGGACCUAAUUCCGUAACCCUACUCUUCGCUAAGACGAGAGUUGCACCAAUCAAAGUAAUCUCGUUACCAAAACUUGAACUUUGUGGUGCAGUGUUGUUGGCUAAUAUGACGCAUAAUUUACUCACCCAACUCAACCUACCCUUACAUCAGACGUAUUUCUGGACCGAUUCAUCUAUAGUCUUGGCCUGGCUUAGUAAACAACCCAACUCGUGGAACACAUUUGUGGCAAACCGUGUUUCCACAAUUAUUCAAACAGUCGGCGUUGAAAAUUGGAACCAUGUGGCGUCUCACGAUAAUCCUGCCGAUGUUGCUAGCCGAGGAUGUACUGCCGAUGAGUUGAAAGAUGACGGUUUAUGGUGGAAUGGACCAUCAUGGUUGAAAGAAUCUGCUUCGCAGUGGCCAACAACAAAGAAACACUUUAUAACUCAAGCUGAAGCGAAAGUUAGUCAGUCGUUUACUACGACAGUUAAUACCCACCCUUCCUUAGAUACGAAUACUGAAAACCCAGAUAUAUUAUCAAGAUUUUCGAAAUUGUCAAAUGCUCUACGAGUAAUGACAUAUGUCUAUCGAUUUUGUGAUCGAGCAUCGUGUACCCGAAACAAUACAAUUCGAAAUGAUAGAGUUAUUCUUGAUCGAAAUAACCCACAACUAGUCAAAGAAAGACUACGUUUAUUAACAACCCACCCUAGUAUUGAACUUGAUGCGUCAGAGAUCAAAUCUACCCGCGAUAGACUGAUUAUUCUUUGUCAGACAGAAUAUUUUAAGAACGAAUAUCACUGUCUAAAGAGAAGAAACCCUAUACCCAAUAAAAGUAACCUGCUCACCCUAACGCCAUUUUUAGAUUCCGCAAAUAUAAUGCGUGCAAAUGGUCGACUAGCAAAUUCCAACAGUUUGUCAUAUUCCGAAAGGCACCCGGUUUUAUUACCCUACGGCAGUUCAUUUGUCAAAUUAUUAACCCAACACGUGCACCUAAUAACCCUACACGGCGGAAAUCAACUUAUGUUGAGAAUAAUACGCUCAGGAUACUGGGUUCCAAAACUCAAGAAUCUUGUUAGCGUAGUAGUUAACAAAUGUUCACCGUGUACUAGAUACAAGAAUAGACAAACAACCCAAUUCAUGGCAGCCUUGCCACCAGAACGUACCCAAAUUGACAAACCCUUUACGAAUGUGGGAGUUGAUUUUGCAGGACCAUUCGAUAUUAAAGCAUAUAAUGGCAGAGCAUGUAGAAUAACGAAAGGUUACGUAUGCGUUUUUGUUUGCUUUGCAACAAAAGCUAUUCACUUGGAGCCUACAUCUGAAUUGUCAACACAAGCCUUUAUGGCAGCUUUCGCUCGUUUUUUUUCGAGGCGGGGAUGCCCUGUCGCUAUUUACUCGGACAAUGGAACAAAUUUCAUUGGAGCGAGCAAAUUGUUGAAGAAAGAGCGACAGGAAUUCAUUAAACAGUUAAAAAGUUCCGUUAUAUCUGCCAGCAGUUUCCAAAAUUUGACGUGGCAUUUUAUACCUCCCGGUGCACCACACAUGGGUGGUUUAUGGGAAGCGGGAGUGAAAAGCUUUAAGGCUCAUCUAAAGAAAAUGAAUACCCUAAAGCACACAUUUGAAGAGCUAGCCACACUACUCGCGAGAAUAGAAGGAUGCCUGAAUUCCAGACCCUUAAGCCCGUCAAGCGAAAACCCACAGGAUCUUAACCCUUUAACCCCAGGACACUUUUUAAUUGGAUCACCCAUUUUAACCCCAGCAGAACCCGAUUUAAGCAAUGAAAAUAUAACCCUAGCAAACAGAUGGCAAAAGUUAAAGAUUCAACAUCAUAACUUUUGUAGAAGAUGGAAGGAUGAAUAUCUUAAAGAGCUCCAUAAGAGAUACAAGUGGAAGAACCCUCAACGACAAGUUGAAACAAAUGACAUUGUUAUUAUCAGACAGGACAAUUUACCUCCAAACGAAUGGUUACUCGGUCGAGUCAUUAAAACAUACACUGGCUCUGAUGGACGAAAUAGAGUAGUCGAUAUACGAACAUCAUCCGGAACGUUAACUCGACCAAUAACAAAAGUUGUCAUUUUACCCACUAGUUAG